AUGGGAGAAAAAAAAAACCUCUUCAACAGCCUUCUCUCUCGCGCGCUCUGACAAUCUCAACGCCUUUAUUUCUGCCUGCGCUUCCCCCAAUUCCCGCUCUUUGUCUGAAAACUCACAGCCCUCAUGAAAAGAAAAGAAAAGAAAACACCUAGAAAUCAAGAAAUAUACAGAAGGCCAUCGGAUCCGAAGUGCAUUCCCACCUCUGACUUCAUUCUCAAGCCGAUUGAGCUCCACCUUCACCGGAUCCGAACCGUGCAGUAGGUUAAUGAGGUCGUCCGUCUCCAUGCUCUGCUUGAUUGAAGCCCUCCUCCUCAAGCCCCCCGCCUUCCCGCCCUCCCCCUUGAACGGCCCCGACGCCGUCAUCUGCGAUGCCGGCUCCCCCGCACCGGCCCCCGGCCCCCUCCCACUCCACCCUCCAGACACAACAUCAACCACCGCCUCCUCCCCUCCCUCCCCCCCACGCAGAUCGGCCAUCCCCGCUCUUACACCCAAUGCAUCCAAAACAAAAAAAUCAUUAACCGCAAAAAAUUCAACGCCUUACCGAGACCAAAACCCCACGAUCCAGCAAAACUUCCGGAAUCCCUACCCGAGAUUGCAACCGAGGAGCAAAGAAAACCCUAACCUGCCGUUCUUCCCCUCUUCUCUUCAACCCCCCACCAAGCACACAGAUUCCCCUCCCCACCCGUCAGCUCCUCCCUCCUCUGACAGCGCCAUCUCCGGUCAUCACGCCGGCGACUCGGAUUUAAAAUGCCGGCGAGGAGAGAAGCUGCGGCGGCGGAGCGGAGAGAGGAGGUGGCCCUCGCCGGUGACAGCUUCGCUCAGCGGGGAACUGAGAGUAGACCAGCAGCGGCCCUCCCUUAUUCAAAUCGGAAAAUAAAAUAAUCAAAUAAAUAAAUUAUUUCCCACCUACGGUAACCUGCGGUGAGCUUACCACAACCACGAACUCGCGUCUUUCUUUACCCCCGCUUCAGUGACGUGACUAACCGGCGCUCAUUAUUUUUGGUAAAUCAAAUUAUAUGUAACCAAAAAUAUAUAAUAUCCCGGGUUAAUUGUGGCUUAUAA